GAGAGUGAGAGAGCGAGAGAGCGAGCAAGCAUUAUCAGAGAGGGAGAGAGCGUUUUACCACUGUUGACUGUCGGCAGUGUCACUGCUCCUUUGAGCUUUUGGCAGUAGAGGCAACUCCACUCGCCCGCUCCACACACGCUGACUGAACCUCCUCCACUUCAGCUCAAACUCCACUUCAGUGGACUACUUCAACAAGACGGCUGCUUAUCUGCCUUUUCCCUGCUGGUUUCAAGAGCUUUUCAAAAAGUUCAAAUGCUUUUUUCCUCAUCGCCCAUGGACCAGUUUUAACUCUGAGCAAAAGGGACUUUUUUCCCCCUCCUACAUCUGCAGUUCAGAUGUGUGGAACAUGACAGAUAUGUUUGCUUUAAAUGCUGCGGGACGCAAGAUGUGCGCGACUUUCAGGAUGCUUGAAGGGGAGGUGAAACAGAAUUGAUGCUGUUGUUCAAGAUUGGGAGAUACGGCGGUAUAAAAUGCAAGAUUAAAUGCAACGGCAUCUCAACUGCUUCAGACGUUUCCAGCACCUAGCUAUGUCUCUUUGCUGCUGCUUGUUUGUGAUAUUCAGUUUGAGAAAUUGUAUGCCUUGAUCUCUGAACACCGAAACAUGGAAACUCUACAAGACACCACUCUACCACCCAAUGUGAGCAUCAGUCUACCGAUCAAUAUGACCGGGAGUGAAGGACAUGUUAAGCCCUUGGAGCUGUUCAUCUUGGUGAUCAUCAUCACCAUUAUCGUCGUAGGUAACCUUCUGGUCAUCAUCGCUAUCGCACGCACCUCCCAGCUGCAGACCACGACGAAUGUCUUCAUCAUGUCACUGGCAUGUGCUGACCUCAUCAUGGGGGUCCUGGUGGUGCCACCGGGCGCCACGAUAGUCAUAACAGGAGCAUGGCUACUUAAUAACACUUUGUGCGAGUUAUGGACAUCGGUUGAUGUGUUAUGCGUAACCGCCAGCAUAGAGACCCUUUGCAUCAUUGCGGUGGAUCGGUAUAUUGCAAUCACACGACCUCUGCGGUAUAAACAGCUUCUGAAUAAGUGCAGGGCUCGAAUUAUCGUUUGUGUUGUGUGGCUGGUCUCAGCUUUAAUCUCAUUCGUCCCCAUUAUGAAUGAAUACUAUAAGGCGAAAGACGCUGAAGCGGAAAAAUGUUACAAGAACCAAAAGUGCUGUGAUUUAGAGAUAAACAUGCUCUUUGCGAUUAUUUCGUCCGUGGUUUCAUUCUACAUCCCACUACUCAUCAUGAUUUUUGUCUAUGCACGUGUCUUUCUCAUUGCCACCCGGCAGGUACAGCUCAUUGACAGGAAUCGUUUGAGAUUCCAAAACGAGUGCAUGGGAAAUCAGGUACUGCCGACGCUCCACGGCAACAAUAACUUGCCUUCGACGUACAAUAAUGUUGGAGGAACAACGGCGAGGCGCAAAAGUUCCCGAAGGCGACCAUCGAGAUUGACUGUGGUCAAGGAGCACAAGGCCCUCAAGACGCUGGGCAUCAUCAUGGGUGUCUUCACACUCUGCUGGUUGCCUUUCUUCGUGGUGAACAUCAUUAAGGUCUUCGAUCGCCAAUUGCUGGACAAGGACAUUUUUCGCUUCUUAAACUGGUUAGGCUACAUCAACUCUGGCCUCAACCCCAUCAUCUACUGCCGGAGCCCGGAGUUCCGCGCGGCCUUCAAGAACCUUCUUGGCUGUCCCUGGAUACCCUCUCUGAAAAUGAACUUCCUUUACAAGGGGCUUCGGACUCAAUGCCCCUGCUUGUUGGGGUCUCCGGAACCAGGAAUGUCAGGAUCGUUCCAGAAGCCCCCAGUAUCGCAAGAGACACUGCCUGAGGACGGGAGCAGCCAGAGCAGUUACAGAAGCGAGGAGCCAUCGCCGGGACAUCCGCACUCCAACGGAAGCACCUUCUUCAGUGAAUUUUCUGAAGCCGAGGCAGAGUUCUGUAACCAAGAGGGGCAGGAUGGCUGAAAGUCUCUAGCGCGGCCGAAAGAAAAGGACGCUGAGGAAGAAGCAGGCAAAAGGACUGACCUACGUCACAGUUGGCUGGAUUUCCUCAGCGAGAGACCACAAGGGCCCAGCAAAACAUCCACGAAGCCAUCGGGGGAGCCUGCUGCAAAAAAUGAAAGACAAAAAGAGUGCACAGAUAUAACCACAGAGAGACAAGCGCUGAGAGAAAUUCCUCACAAACAGGCCGUCUAUAGAGAGAACGACUGAACUGGUACUGAUCACGGAGCGACCCGAAACAAGCCGCGGAGCUCUGGUGAGAUCCGCUCCAGCCCGGUUUGGUCCGGUUUCUUUGCCAAAAAGCGAAUCAGACCUGUAGGUCCUCCAACAUGUGUUUCAGUGCUAUGUUCUGAGAAUGGACUUCUUUGAAAACACGGACAUAAUAGACUCUUGAAGCACAGUGUGUGUGUUUUUCUAAUAUAUAUAUAUAUAUAUAUAUAUAUAUAUAUAUAUAUAUAUAUAUAUAUAUAUAUAUAUAUAUAGAUUAGAUUUUAUACAAUAUCCUAUACUAAAUUAUUAUUAUUUAUUUUACUCCCCACAUUUUAGCUGUGAAUGUGUAAAAUGCUUUCAACAUUAAUAUAUCCGUGUUGUACAGGUAAACACUUCAGCAGUCCACUGAUUUUUUUUUUUUUUCCAGUCCAGUCAACUCAAUAUAAGCUACAUUAAGAUUUCCCGCUCUAAACCCCGUCCACUCCUGAGGAUGUCGAGAGCAUGUGGACGUCUUCACCAGUUUGAAUGGGAGCGUUCGAAUUUGGUUGCUGUGCAAUUGAGUGUACAUUGUUUAAAACAGACAACGUGAGGAAAGCCAAUUCUUCGCUCAUUCAGAAAAAGGGAUGCACUGAUAUAAAAAUUGUGGUCAUUACUAAUAAACCAAUUAUUAAUUUCAUGGUAUAACUGAUGGCCAGUUCAUAGCUGAUGUUGAAAUUCUAUUUAGUUUUAAUAAAUUCGUUUGCUAAUCUUUA